AUGUCGGUUAUCGUCGAACAAACAAUCCCAUGGUCGCCCGAGGCGCUCGAUCUCACCAACCCCAAACGGUGGACUACGCUAUUCCCUCUUAUUCGGCCUUCUGUUGUCCCAGUUACUACCAGCAAAGGCCAGACUAUCCUCCUCAACCGCGCUCUGAGCAACAGCCCGCACAUCCAGAUCGCAGCCAUUGGACGUUCCGGGAAUUUUUCCAGCAAGUUCUUGUCAGACUCGCACAUAGCUGCAAUCAUCACUGAGACAUCCGGCGCUGGACUUCUGACAGCACAGGAUAUUCGGCAUACGCUGGAGCAGAAUGGCAUCAAAAUUGGACAGGGGCUUAUCGUUCUGCGCGCCGGAAAGGAGAGGCAAGUAGCAGGACCAGAGAAUGACGUUGUCGAGGUUGAAACCGAGGGGGAGCUGGAGUUCGAUCAUCUGCUGAGUCUGCUUGAGCUUGCGACAGAGACUGCAAGGACGUCUAUCCACCAGACGAUCGAACUCCUGAAAUUGUUCAUGAAAACCGCAGUCACAACAAAAUCGGAGUUCCAUCCAGCAAAGAAGGGAGAAAAUGCUUCCAUUGUCCACGAGGUUGGACACGAGGAAUUUGAGACAGCUACCAAAGCACUCGAGAAAGACCUCACACACGUCCUGCGCUCACAGGCUUCGCAAACAGGCCCGGUGACGUACUCAGUCCACUACUCGGACAUCAACGGCCUCUCGCAAUUGGAGAACUACAUUGUUGCGUAUGAGAUCUCCAACUAUCUCGAUGCCCAAAGCAUCCCCUACCGCCUCUCCUCCUCCCCACUCAUCAAGCCGGACCCCCUCGCUGCGCGCGGCUGGGCCAUCUCCGUCUGCGCCAUACCCACCCGCUUCCUCUCCCCACAAUCCAAGCCGCCAAACCCUCUCUCCGCACCCUCCAGCCCCUCCAACACCGCCGCGAAGCUCGCUACAGCUACUACAACCACCGACACGGCCGGUCCCGACCUCCCCGACGCCCUCGUCCGCUCGCGCAUCACACGCGGCUGCUCCGCGCUCAUCGCAGCCGAGCCGACCAUCACACACUACGACACGGUCGUCGGCGACGGCGACUGCGGGCUGACGCUGCGCGACGGCGCGCAGAAGGUGCUGUCCUUCAUCGACGGCGCGGACCUGUCGAGCCGCAACCUGCCGCGCGUGCUGGCGGCGCUGGUCGACGACCUCGAGGUCACCAUGGGCGGCACGAGCGGCGCCUUGUACUGCAUCUUCCUCUCGGCCUUCGGGACGGCGCUGGCGCAGCAGCGGGACGGCGACGACGUGCCGCGGGCGCUGGAGGUGGCAUUGGAGCAGCUGUUGCAGUAUACGCGCGCGCGGAGGGGCGAUCGUACGUGCUUGGAUGCGCUGAUUCCGUUUGUGGAGACGCUGGCGGGUGGCAGCGGUGUGGAGGAGGCGCUGAGGCGUGCGGAGAGCGGAGUGGAGGAGACGAAGACGAUGGAGGCUAAGUUGGGGAGAAGCACGUAUCUGGAUGAAAGUGCGACGAGGGGUGUGCCGGAUCCUGGCGCUUAUGGAUUCGCCGCAGCCAUGAGGAUUGUGGAGAUAGUCGUAGACGGCUUCAAGUCGUACGCCGUCCGUACCGUCAUCUCCGGGUGGGACGAGAGCUUCAAUUCGAUCACCGGUCUCAACGGUUCCGGAAAGUCCAACAUCCUCGACUCGAUAUGUUUCGUCCUCGGUAUCACGAACAUGACGACCGUCCGCGCGCAGAAUCUGCAGGAUCUUAUCUACAAGCGCGGUCAAGCGGGCGUCACCAAAGCUUCUGUCACCAUUGUCUUCGAUAACUCAGACAAGAGCAAGUCCCCAAUCGGAUUCGAAGAGUAUGCGCAAAUAUCCGUAACACGUCAGAUCGUGCUCGGCGGCACGAGCAAGUAUCUUAUCAACGGCCACCGUGCACAGCAGCAGACCGUCCAGAACCUCUUCCAGUCCGUCCAGCUGAACAUCAACAACCCAAACUUUCUGAUCAUGCAAGGUCGCAUCACCAAGGUCCUGAAUAUGAAGGCUGUCGAAAUUCUGGCCAUGAUUGAAGAAGCUGCUGGCACUCGCAUGUUCGAGGACAGGAGGGACAAGGCGUUCAAGACAAUGGCGAAGAAGGACAUGAAGCUACAGGAGAUCACCGAGUUGCUGAGGGACGAGAUUGACCCGAAACUAGAGAAGCUCCGAGCGGAAAAGCGCGCGUUCCUCGAUUUCCAACAGACCCAAAACGAUGUCGAGCGGUUGACGAGAUUAGUCGUAGCGCACGAUUACCUCAGAUACAAGGACAAGCUGGACAAAUCGGUGGAGGAUUUGGAGGCCAAGAAGCAGCGAGAGAAGGACCUCGAGGAGUCUGUGGAACGGAUGAAGAAUGAGAUUGAACUGCUCAAGGAGGACAUCAAGAAAGUCAAGAGUACUAGAGAAAAGGAACUGCGUAAGGGCGGUAAAUUCCAGGGUUUGGAAGAAGAGGUCAAGAAGCAUUCGCACGAAACGGUUCGAUUGACAACUGUCAUUGACCUCAAGAAAACCAGCUUGACAGAGGAAGCCGAUAGGCGCAAGAAGCUCCAGAAAACAGUUCAGGAGCUCGAAUCUCAGCUCAAAGAGAAAAGCAAGAUUUACGAGCAGUUACAGCAAAAGUACAAUGCAUCGCACGCAGAACUGGCCAAGCAGACUGAGGAGGUUGAGAAGAAGGAAGAACUUAUUUCCACUCUCCAAACCGGUGUCGCAUCCAAGGAAGGACAGGAGAGUGGUUACCAGGGUCAGCUUCAGGAUGCAAGAAAUCGUGCAAGCUCCGCACAAACAGAACAGGAGCAGGCCAAGCUCAAAAUCUCUCAUUUGGAGAAGCAAAUCAAGGAGGCUGAGCCGCGUGCGAAGAAGGCGAAGGAGCAGAAUUCGGGUCUCCUCAAAGAGCUGGAAGGUCUAAGAAAGCAGGCGCAAAAGCUUGAGAGUGAUCUUGGCAGGUUGGGCUUUGAGCCUGGAAAGGAGGAGGAUAUGUACAAGGAGGAAUCACAACGGCAACAACGCAUUCGCGAGCUCAGGGAACAGUCUGACGCCCUGAAGAGGAAGGUUGCCAAUAUCGACUUCAGCUACAGCGACCCUUCUCCCAACUUUGAUAGGUCCAGGGUAAAGGGCCUAGUUGCUCAGCUUUUCUCUUUAGAAAAGGAGCACACACGAGCUGGUACCGCUUUGGAGAUUUGCGCAGGCGGCCGUCUGUACAAUGUUGUCGUUGACACCUCUGAGACUGGUACUCAGCUUCUGCAAAAUGGCAGGCUGAAGAAGCGCGUCACUAUUAUUCCCUUGAACAAGAUUUCCGCUUUCAGGGCAUCAGCAGAGAAAAUUGGCGCCGCCCAACGGAUCGCUCCCGGGAAAGUUGAUCUUGCGCUAUCACUUAUCGGUUACGAUGAUGAGGUGACAGCCGCGAUGGAAUAUGUCUUCGGCUCCACGCUUGUCUGCGAAGAUGCCGAGACGGCAAAACGAGUCACCUUCGAUCCUUCAGUACGGAUGAAGAGUGUUACUCUCGAAGGCGAUGUGUACGACCCAUCGGGUACGCUCUCCGGAGGUAGCUCUCCUCAGACGAGCGGUGUUCUUGUCACACUGUCGAAGCUGAACGAGCUUACGAAGGAGCUCAAGGCUCAGGAGCAAGCUCUGGGCUUGCUCCAGUCGACUAUGGCGAGGGAGAAAAAGAAGCUUGAUGCCGCCAAGAAGAUCAAGCAGGAGCUUGACCUGAAGUCACACGAAAUCAAGCUUGCUGAGGAGCAGAUCAGCAGCAAUUCAUCAGCUUCAAUCAUCCAAGCUCUCGAGGAGAUGAAGUCCACAGUGACCCAACUAAAGCAAGAUAUCGUUGACGCGAAAGCACGACACGAUGAAGCAUCCAAGGAAGUCAAGCGCAUCGAGCGCGACAUGAACGAAUUCAGCAAGAACAAGGACAGCAAGCUUGCCGAGCUUCAAAAGUCCCUUGACCAGCUCAAGAAGGCAUUGACCAAGAACAACGCUUCCAUUAAGCCCCUGCAGCAAGAGAUGAGGGAUGCCAUGCUUGAAUCUGAGCAAUGUGGCAGUGACUUGGCCGCUGCUCAGGAACAGUUGCAAGAUUCCAGCACGACCCUCUCCGCCCAGCAGGAGGAAAUUGAUGCUCUGAUUCGGGAGCAAGCUGCGGCAAAAGACGCCCAUGAACUCGCAGCCGCGCAGCUGGAAGAUGAACAGGCGAAGUUGACCGGUUUUGACGAAGAGCUGCGCGCCCUCGAUGAUGCCGUGAGCUCCAAGUCCAAGUUGAUCACGGAAGAGGGUCUUGAGUUACAAAAGCUCGGCCAUCAGAUAGAGAAGUUCGAUAAGGAGCUUCAGGCUGCGAAGCAUGCCGUCUCGGCAUUGGAACAGGAGCACGACUGGAUCGCCGACGAGCAAGAACAUUUUGGCCGAUCCGGCACGCCCUACGAUUUCAAGGGCCAAAACAUGUCGGAAUGCAAAUCCACCCUCAAGAACCUCACUGAGCGCUUCCAAGGCAUGAAGAAGAAGAUCAACCCCAAGGUCAUGAACAUGAUCGACAGUGUUGAGAAGAAGGAGGUGUCGCUGAAGAACAUGAUGCGCACAGUCAUCCGCGACAAACGCAAGAUUGAAGAGACGAUCCAGUCCCUCGACGCGUACAAGCGGGACGCGCUGCAGAAGACGUGGGAGAAAGUCAACGCCGACUUUGGCAACAUCUUCAACGAGCUUCUGCCCGGUUCCUUCGCCAAGCUCGACCCGCCUGAGGGCAAGACGAUCGCUGACGGUCUUGAGGUCAAGGUCUCGCUGGGCAAGGUGUGGAAGCAGAGCUUGACGGAGCUGUCGGGUGGUCAGCGCUCCCUUGUUGCGCUGUCGCUCAUCAUGGCCCUUCUUCAGUUCAAGCCUGCCCCUAUGUACAUUCUUGACGAGGUCGAUGCUGCGCUGGAUCUGAGCCAUACGCAGAACAUCGGACGGCUGAUCAAGACGAGGUUCAAGGGCAGCCAGUUCAUCGUCGUGUCCCUGAAGGAUGGCAUGUUCCAGAACGCGAAUCGUAUCUUCAGGACGAGGUUCAGUGAUGGUACCAGUAUUGUCCAGGCGCUGACACCGGCCGAUUUGAAGUAG